AGUGGCGGUUCAUAAUGUCCAUUUGUAUUUGGUCGAUAUAAAUAAAAGAUGCUAUGAAACACAUUUCCUCAUCUCAUAAACAAAACUGAAUCCUCAAUAUUUCUCUGAAACAAUUGCUUUGAUUUGAAAAAUCAUGGCCAAGGAAGUGAAAACACAAGCCAAAAUUAGUGUUGGGGUUGAUAUUCUGUGGAAAGCUUUAACUAAGGAUUUAAAAUUCAUAAUUCCAAAAAUGAUUCCAAAUUUAGUUAAAGAAGCUCAAGUUAUUGAAGGUGAUGGUGGCCUUGGUUCAGUCUUUCUCUUCAACUUUGGCCCUGAUAUCAAAACAAUGACAUACCAGAAGGAACAAAUAACAGAGCUUGAUGAGUCGCUGCACCGAUUUGCACUAAAAGUAAUAGAAGGAGGCCAUCUGAAUCUUGGUUUUACUUACUACAGUACACUUUUCCAGUUAACAGCUACCGGAAAAGAGGAGAGUUUGAUCGAUGUCACAGUUGAAUAUGAGUCCGAAAUAGAAGAUGACACAUUGCCAUCAAAGACAAGAUCAUCGAUGUUAGCAUACAUCAAUUGCCUAGAAACGUAUUUGGCAAAUUCUCCUGCUCAUUAGAUGUUAUAUUUGUGAUUUUUAUGAUGUUGAAAUUUGAACUCAAGGUCCAGCGAGAAUGUCGGUUAUAUCCUCCCAUUAGACUAAAGUUUUAUGGUUCUUAUAUUAUGUUGCACCGAAAAGAAAAUGUUGAAACAGAAGGUCAAAUGAUGAUAUUGCCAAGUGAGUCAUUUAUAAGGGUUCAUUAGACUAAA